AUGCAUUUUUGUUUGCCAUUUAUAAAAACAUCCGCUCCUCCAUCAACCGGAAAUUUGCCACCAGUACCUCUCAACUCACCUGGUGAAGUUGUAGAAAACACAGAAAUAUUUGAGGAUAGUGCAUCUCAAAUGGAUUUGUCGCAAGAAUUUGUAACUACACAAACAUUAUUCCCUGACUCUCCAGUAAUGUCACCGUUUCAUCUUAGUAAUUCAACCGAGAAUUUAACACCAUCUCAAUAA